CUUUUCUUUGACCAUUAGCUUUGAACAUCAAAUGAAGGACACGCUUCAUUUCAAAAAAAGAAGAACCACGUGGACCAUGGACCAAACUGGAAACCCCGUAACUGACAUCUACGUGUUCCACAGCUUUGGCUGCAACAGACACAAAGAUGAAGAUAGUUCAGUGAUUGCGCAGCCCAUGUUUGUCUUCAAGAAGGAACGACCUUGCAAGAGGCCUGCAGAAGAUCCAGUGCACAAGACGGAAAACGUUCCCAGCGGAUCCAGGAAACGUGCAAGAACCUCGUAUUUUUCUUUUCAGUCCUCUGACUCAGAGUCCUAUAGAGAAACUGUAGGUUCCAAGAAACAAGCAAGAACAUCAUCCUUUAUCAUCAUUCCAUCGUUUCCACCUUCUCAGCCAGAUAAAGCUGAGUAUAUAAUGUCACAUCUGAAAAAAAAAAGAACACGAAUUUUGUUGAACAUUUUGGAAAAUGUUUGCUUUGUAGUAAAGAAGAACAAUGUAUUCAUGACUUCCGGCCUAUCAGAAGAUUAUGUUGAGGUGAAAACAACAGAACAAGAUCUUCCAACGAGCAACAACAGACAAAGAGAGGUUUUACGCCCUGCCAAACUGCAGCCGCCACAAGCGACUACAUACAAAACAGAAAAGAAAAGAAUUGAUGAAAAUUGUCUAGAGGAGAAUCAUGAAACAGAUAAUCAGGUAAAAUAUAAUGCACCAUCAAGAGUACGUGUUCUUAUUGUUGCAGCCAUAAAGUUCCGUUCGUGUAAGAAAGUUUUGAAAUAUCCCAAAAGUGCUUUUGAACAAGCAACUGGACUUGGGUUUUUUCCUAUGUCUGAAGAUACCUAUGCAUGGAUUGAUAUCUCCAAAAAACUUCCUCACCCAUUACAGAUCUCAAGCUCUGGCACAACACACAAUCGAUUAGUCAAAGACAGAACUGUCUCAGAAAGUGAGCAUUCUAACUUCGUAUUUGGAGAAAAUAUAGUAGAAAGAGUUUUGAAGCCUGAGAAAUCCCCAGAACUGCAGUCCAAGGAUAUCAGUGAAAAGGAGCCCAUCUGUGCCCCAGAUUUCCAUACCAUUCCCCCAUGGGCAACACCUCAUUUUGCUAAGGGUUCGACGCUAGCAGAAUCAGCUGCAGCUUACCUAUCUAGUAAAACAGCCCAAAGAUAUUUUUUGGAGGAAAUAGAAAUUACAACAGGUGAAGAAGAGGAACACAACGUAUUGCAGAUCAACUGCAGGCUUUUUUUAUUUAAUAAAGCCCUGUUAUGCUGGACUGAAAGGGGGAGUGGUUGUUUGAGACUCAAUGAUACCUCCAGCAAUCAGCAUGAAAUGCUUCAGUCAAGACUGGUCAUGCGAAAUCAAGGAAGCAUGAGGCUUAUUCUUAACACCAGGUUGUGGAGUCAGAUGGUGAUAGAAAGAGCAAACCGGAAGAGUGUGUGCAUCACAGCAACAGAUCUGGAGGAUGGGUCCGUCAAAGUUUUCCUAAUACAAGCCAGCACAAAGGACAUUGAAUCCCUCUAUGCAGCUAUCCAUCACCGUCUUGUUGCUCAGAGAAACUUUACAAAGCAGGAAUGUGGUGUAAAUCAAGUGGAAUACAAGCUAGAUGUUCAGCCAAUAUCUUGUGACAGCGAUGAUGAAGAGAAUGAAAAAAAAUCUCCAGGGAGCAACAAUAGAUCAGAGCAUUCUCCAUGGAUUCGCAGACAACCUGUGGUCUGUUCCUGACAAUUCACUACAUCCCAUUAAAGGAACAUUAGGGACAACACACCAUGUUGGAAUGAAGACACUGGAAUGAAGACACCACACAGGGUAUAUGAUAAAGGAACAAAGCAGAGAAUAUGGAAAGGAAGCACUUUAAAGGUUCCAGACAUCAGUACCUGUACGGUAACAGGAAUCCAACACUGGCCUCAGUUCUUUUCGAAUUAUUCAGAUGUAGUAGUUUUCAGAUUUGGGGAUGAACAGCUUUAAGGACGCUUUUAAAGAAAACAAUAAUUCUGAUCCAUGAUGGUAUUCAUCCUUAACUAAUGAUUGCUCCAUCUACUUAGAGCAGUAAUUAUUUACAAAGCAUGUGUAUAUGUAUGUGUGUGUACAAAAGAAGAGACAGACAUUGCAAUCUCCGGAACUUAAAAUAUAUUAUCCACUUGGCUUUUGUCAGCCUUUGUAACAUUGUCAGAGUGAAAAAAACUACCAUUGAAGAGAUAUUUGCCUUUAUACAUCAUUGAGCAAUUUGGCCAUCCACCCUCCUCCCACCUGUUAUUAGCUCUGUUGUUUUUUUACUUCAGACAUGUUAAUCGAUGGAGGCUUAGCUCCUGUUGCUUCCUUCCCUAUUGAGCACAGCUUGAGCUACUUGAUAGAGGAGGAAGGAGCUAAGCCUCCAUCGAUUAACAUGUCUGAUGUAAAAAUGACACCCAGAACUCAUAUUUUUAGGUUAGUUCGCAAUGUGUGUGUACAGUAUAAAAUGUUAAUCUAUUUUAGGUCUAGAUUAGGUCUAAAUCUUUGAAGAUUUGAAUUAAUCUUCAAAGCUUAAUAUUGUAAGCUGAUAUUUGCACCUCCCCAGUUCUACACAAUAUAUGGCAGUCUUGAACAUAAACAACAAUUUUCCAGGCAGAUAGAUAAUUCAAGCUUUCCCAGACCUGCUGUUCACAUGCGAGUUUGAUUCAUAAAUGCAAACAAUUCCCCCCCCCCCCCAAAGCAGAUUUUUAUGUCAUCCCAGGAAAAUUACACCAAGGGUCAUCACUUCAUUGCUAUUCUUUCCGCUAGAACUUUGCACUGAUCUGGGAUUAGCACAUUUCUUUCAAUCGUCACCACAUUGUCUGGUUGCAAAGUUAGCAUUUCUUCUGGAAUGAUGGUUAGACAGUUUCUCAUUGGCAGUGGCUGGUUUUUUAUGUCUGGGAGAUUAGCUAGCUGGAGGGAAUGCUGGAUAGUUGGGGAAGAGCUCUCAGGAAGGAAAAGCAUGAGACGGUUUCAAAGGGAUUUGGGGACUAAAGCCAGCAGCUGCAUAGAAGUAGGGAUAUACGCAAAGACUGGGUUGGUGGGGGUUUUAUAUAUUUUUUUUUUUGGUGCCUUCAAAUCAUUGUCGACACCUGACAACUGUCUGGAUUAAUCCCUGUAGUUUCCUUGGCAAGAAUUCAGAACUGGUUUGUCUCUUUCUGAAAGUCUAUGGAGAUUCUUAGUCAUCCAGAUCCUGGUUGUCCCAAGGGUGCUUUUUCAAUAGGCAACUGGACUUUUUGUUUUUUCUUUGAAGACGGUUUGCUUCUCAUACAAGACGUUUCUUUAUCUCUGGCUGGAUGGUGGGGAAUGGAAGGAUUUACAUUCCUUGCAGGCAACUGGUCAUUU